AUGUUUUAUUCUGGUAUUUUCACGGUGUUAUGCUCGACAAUAGCAUGCUCCUUUGGAUUUACGAUGGAUCGUUCAGUAUAUGUACCAGCUACAUGGGACACGGCACCGUCCUUGGACUCCUAUCGAAGGAUACUCGGCAACUCCACGUUAAAUAGUAAAAUGCAAGUUACAGAUAUGAACAAGAUCUUGCAAGCUACAAAUGCAAAAGUGUCGACAAAACUGACAGACGGAAUGCCAGAAAAUCAGAUGCGUGAGAAGAGAUCGACAACGGAAUAUAUCAAUGCUGGAACAAAAAUCGUUAACGACGUAACAUCAGAGAUGAAGAAUAACACUUUUAAUUCUUCUGAAAAAAAUAUUAGCGUCGCUAGUACUUCUCGAAAUGUCAUUUUGCUUUUGAUCGACAAAAUGGAUCAAGAUGAAAAGAAAGAAGAAGACUUGUGGAAAAAUUACAAGGAAAAAUUACCGUUCGCGAUUGAAGGAUUUCUUCAAAACUGUGGCAAUAAGAUGGAGACUAGUUUUCCCUUGGACAAUGUGUUAAUUUCCGAUGAUGAUGAAGAGAAUUGUGAUUGUCAGCGUAUUCUUCAUUCUAAUGUCGAAGAGUUGCUUUUUUGGGCAAGACAUAUGAGAGGAAUGACAACAGGCGUGAUUUCCGGCAGCAAUUUCUCGAUCCCUUCUUUUCCUAGAUCCGAGUUUGACGGAUCCAACAAAAGCGAUGCAAAGUUAGAAUUGCAUAAAAGCAAUGUUUGGCAAAUGAUGGAUCUCAGCGGUCGAGCAAAAUCUGUUCCCUCUUUAGUCAUGACUGACUCUAAAUUAAAAGAAACGACGAACUACAGCACGUGGGACCUUUUCGAUGUGUUUUCCAAAAUAAGAAUGGCUUUUUUCCGCUCGCUGCUCGAAUCGUUGGGUAGGAACGACCGCGCUUCCGAGAAUGGAUUUUCAUCACGCAAACUGUUCUCUCUUAAACCAACCGUGGCCAAUUUAAUUGGGAAUAUUAUCAAGAAACUCAAAUCUAUACCAAACAACAAGGGUUACAUAUUGAUUGCUACCGUACCGCGAAAUGAGCAAGCUGCGGUCGUCGACCUUGUACAGAAUGAAACCUCUCCGAAGGAUACUCUUUUAGUGAUGAUGCAAAUCUGUACCAGAAACAAAAAUCCUAUCCCAUUCAUUGCGCAAGGACCGAAUAAUCAAAUGCUUCGGGAGGCAAGGGCGAUCUCAGAACUUUCGAUCGCGAUCAGAAAAGCGGUUGUAAGCAAUUGCCGCGGUUCAGAAUGCAUAAAUCGACCGAGACGAGAUACUUCAAUUAUUUCGUCUAUGCCAAUCGAGAUUUUCUCGCAAAAACUAUCCGCGCAAAAGCGCAGUAGCAAAGACAAGGAUGCCGCUGAAAAAUUGAAUGCAAUAUUAAGUACCGAAGAGGCGCCAACUAUUGAGAAAGAGAAGCAAGCUAGAAGUUCAACUUCGUUAAAGGCAAAACCGUACGGCCUCGUUACAGCAAUCGGUGUCGUAAAUUCGGUCCUUGUCAUGGCUGCCUUGACCUCUUCCUAA